AGAUUCGAUCAGAAUUGGGAAAGCACUUAAAAAGAAAGCGGCAUUUAAGGACACACAAAACAACUUCGACAAGAACACGCGGCAAAUGCAUUACAUUAUAAUUUCAUUAAGGACAAAAGCCUUUCUCCGCCGGCAGUGAAACAACGUUGCCGGGAGAUAGCAAAGCGAAGAGGAGCGGAGAAGAAAGGAUAAAGAAGAAAGAAAGUGAGAAAGCCGCAAAGGCGACAAUAGGCCCCAAGCCUUCUCCAUUGCCUACUUCUGGGCGCUGUCGAGCGAAAAUCAAGAGCCUGGCAUUUUUAUGAAAUUAAUACAAAGGACGUCGCGGCAGCAGUAGAAGUGGCAGCGAAAGCAUAAGCGGAAGUGGCAGCCAUGACAGGACAAUGAUGGGUGGCACCACUCCGAUAACGAUUAAAGUGGGAGCAGCGCUGCUUUUAUGGCCCAACGAAGAAGAGGAAGCACUAGACGUGACAGCGUCCGAUCGGCUAAUAAUAUUUACCCGCGCAGAAGACGCGGCUGCAUAAUUUGACAUGCCAACGUGAGCAAAAUAUUUACACAAGAGCUAGAAAGCCAGCGAGGACUGGAAUUCCCAAGUACUAAGAAUAGAAAAAUCUCCUUAGACAAUGAGUGUCCUGCCACUUUUGAUAGCGCUCGUCGCACUUUUAUCCCUGGGCCUGGCCUGUCCGCCCGAGGUGUGUGUGUGCAAAUGGAAGGGCGGCAAGCAGACGGUGGAGUGCGGCGGCCAGCAGCUCUCCAACCUGCCGGAGGGCAUGGAUCCGGGCACCCAGGUCCUCAAUUUCAGCGGCAACAGCCUGCAGGUCCUGCAAUCGGAGCGUUUCCUGCGCAUGGACCUGCUCAACCUGCAGAAGAUCUACCUGUCGCGCAACCAGCUGAUUCGCAUCCACGAGAAGGCCUUCCGCGGCCUCACCAACCUGGUCGAGCUGGAUCUCAGCGAGAAUGCGCUGCAGAAUGUGCCCAGCGAGACGUUCCAGGACUACAGCUCCCUGAUGCGCCUCUCGCUAAGUGGGAACCCAAUUCGGGAGCUGAAGACCUCGGCCUUCCGCCACCUGUCCUUCCUGACCACGCUGGAGCUGUCCAACUGCCAGGUGGAGCGGAUCGAGAACGAGGCCUUCGUGGGCAUGGACAACCUGGAAUGGCUGCGGUUGGAUGGCAAUCGCAUUGGCUUCAUCCAGGGUCCGCACAUCCUGCCCAAGUCGCUGCAUGGCAUCAGUUUGCACAGCAACCGGUGGAACUGUGAUUGUCGUCUCCUCGACAUCCACUCCUGGCUGGUCAACUACAACACACCACUGGCCGAGGAGCCCAAGUGCAUGGAGCCGGCGCGACUUAAAGGUCAGGUGAUCAAGGGUCUGCAGCGGGAGCAACUGGCCUGCCUGCCGGAGGUGAGUCCCCAGUCCAGCUACACGGAGGUCAGUGAGGGCAGGAACAUGUCCAUCACCUGCCUGGUCAGGGCCAUUCCAGAGCCCAAGGUCCUGUGGCUCUUCAACGGCCAGGUGAUGAGCAACGACAGCCUGGUAGACAACCUGCACAUGUACUACUACAUCGACGAGACGAUCGGGAUUAGCGGGGCGGAGGAGAAGCGCAGCGAGAUCUUCAUCUACAACGUGGGCGCCGAGGACAACGGGACCUUCUCCUGCGUGGGCCAGAACAUAGCCGGCACCACGUUCAGUAACUAUACAUUAAGGGUAAUUAUCAAGGAGCCGCCGGUGGUGAAUGAGGUGUCCUUUCCUCGCGACUACAUGAACUACAUUGUGGCCAGCAGUGCCGGCGGCGGCAUCAUCUUCGUGGUGCUGCUCUGCACCAUUGUGGUCAAGUGCAAGAAGCCCUCGGAGCCGGCCAAGCAGCGCAAAAAGUGCGACCAGGUGACGAGCAUAGCCGGCGGCACGGACUCCUCCACGGGCAGCACCCAGGACACGGGCAUGGGCAUGAUGAAGUGCGCCUCGAUCUUGAACGAUGGCGGGGAUAGUCUGAAUGGCAAUGCGGGACUUUUAAUGGGCGAUACACUCACGCCCACGAAGGCGGCCAAUGGAGCUGCCGGCGGUGGGAUUAUCCUGGGCAAUCAGAUGAAGCAGAACCUGCUGCUGUACGCCACUCCCAAUCCCCCCCAGCAGCAGCAGCAUCAGCAGCUGCAGCUGAAUGUGAACCUGAUGGGCGCGGGACCGGGAUCGCCACCGCUGCUCCUCAGCAACGGUCAUGGACUGGCGGCCGCCUACUGCUCGCCGCCCGCCUCGCUGAGGAACUACCAGGAGAAGAAUCCCGAUCUGGUCAACGAUGCGGAGAGCGUGAAGCACAAACUGAAGACGGCGGUGAGUCUGGACGGGGGAGCCGGGGAGUACGAGACGCAGAGCGACUGUGGGCAGUACGAGGGCUGCUAUCAGCUGGCCGCCGCCGCCCCACAUCCAGUGCACCAGCAUCCGGGGCAGCAUCCGCUGAUGGGACGCUUCGCCCAGGCGAUGACCACCUUGCCGCGCGGCAUGCAACUCAAGCCGGCUCCCCAUCAGGUCGAUGUCCAUCUGAAUCCGGUGUGUUUCCUGGGCCAGGAUGGAUCCUUUGCCUACGACUACAGCAGUGCCCACCUGGUGCAGCAGCCACCCCACCAGCAGCAGCAGCAGCAGGUGCAGCCGGCUGCCAACUUCUAUCGCACCUUGCCACACAACAGGUUGCACAAGCAGCAGCAAUUCCAGGCGGCGGCGGCAGCGGGCGGCAAUGUGGGUGGUGGCAAUCCCAAUCAGCCCACCCUGCGCUACAGCCUCGAGGCCGAGUUCAUCCAGCGGGGACCGACGGUGAGCUACGAGAAGUACCAGCUGCCCAAUGUGCGCUUCACCGCGGAGGGUUAUCCGCAACAGCAGCAGCAGCAGCAGCAACAGUUGCAGCUGCAACAUCAGUUUCCCUCGCCGCCAGAGGGCUACAAGAGCGAUCUGGCCAUGAUGCCGGCCCCUUUUCAGCAGUGGCCCAGCUGUCUGCCCGGCUACCGCUUCGCCCAGUCACCCACCAGCCAGCAGCAGUCACCUGUGGUAGCACCACCACCACCAUCGCAACCACAACCACCGACGUCUUCGGCCGCAGGCACACAAUCCACACACACCAUCCCCGAGCUGGACGAAAGCGAGGCGAGUUCGCCGCGCCUCGAGGAAGCCGCCGGCUCUGCGGCGCCACCUGGCGGCGAGGAGGAGAACCCGGCCACGGACAGUGCGAAACUCAAACAGCUUAACGGCCCCUUGGCCGACAGUCCCGACGAGGGCUACGUGGGCGAUGGCCAGGAGACCAGCGACAUUUGACCCGGCCAUCAGCAGCUGCAGCA